AUGGUUUUCGUGGGUGGAACAUCUCCCUGCGUUUCAGAGGACAUCAGCGCACGUGGUUUCUUUCCUGGCCGCCGCGGCCCACUUGGUCAGUUUCCUCCUAGUUUUGGCCUGGGGCCCUCCCGCCGGGGCUCUGCCGGGUCUGCGGGUCGGGGCGGUCUUUUCACCCCGGAGGAGAGAAAGCAGAGAUUGGAAGCUCGCGCGCUCGGGCGGGGCCUGUCCACCGAGCCCGGCGAGGCUCGGAGGGCCUCGGAGGUGGACGCGCCCCGGCUAUUCCUCCGCGGCUGGGGCUGCUCCGGACGUCCCGCGUCUGGGGCCCGGGAUUCAGCCUGCAAGGAAAUUUUGGUUGUGAGGCAUGCUGGAACCUUACCAGCCAACAGACACGAAGGGGAGGAAGUCCAGGCGGGGCCAGGAAUGAGACUGUGGGAAUUGACCAGAAGGCGGCACCAUGGCUUAGCUUUCAUGUCAGACAGAUCUGCGUGGGCACCCUGCUUCCCUGAGCCUCAGUUUCUUUGCUGGAGGUGGAGUGGAGAAACCUCAAGACCACCUCAUGAGGAAAGUGCCGUUAUACCCAUAUUGGAUAUGAAGAAGCUGAAGCUCAGGGUAUGUAAGUAAUGUCUCUGUGGUCACACUGCUAUUUGGUGGUCUAGCUGGGAUUUGAACCCAAGUCUGUGUGAAUACCAUGUCUAUACCCUUUAAAAAAGCAAAUUGUAUUUUAUUUUAUUUUCUAUUACACAA